UGUAGCAGCCCAGUCAGUCGCAGCGGGUGCAGUCGCAGCACACCUCAGUGCCCUGCCCCCCCCAUCUCAAUUCCAUCCCAUCCCAUCCCAAAUUUCCUUCCAACUUCCCUCCACCAACAAACAAACAAAGCAAAAAAGACGACACUUUUGCCCGCUGCCGGCAGACUGCAAAACCUCCGAACCACAAUCGCGACCACCGGGAUCAGAAAUCAUCCAACAGAUUUACCUUGAUCGAUUCGAGAUCCGAAACCCCGUCAAACGACAAAAUUAGUAAAAAUGGGUCACGAAGAUGCCGUUUACCUGGCCAAGCUCGCCGAGCAGGCUGAGCGCUAUGAGGAGAUGGUCGAGAACAUGAAGAUCGUCGCCUCUGAGGACAGGGACUUGACGGUUGAGGAGCGCAACCUUCUCUCUGUUGCCUACAAGAACGUCAUUGGCGCCCGCAGAGCCUCGUGGAGGAUUGUUACCUCGAUUGAGCAAAAGGAGGAGUCCAAGGGCAACUCGUCGCAGGUCGGCCUCAUCAAGGAGUACCGCACCAAGAUCGAGGCCGAGCUUGCCAAGAUCUGCGAGGAUAUCCUGUCGGUCCUCGACAAGCACCUUAUCCCCUCGGCCAAGAGCGGCGAGUCCAAGGUCUUUUACCACAAGAUGAAGGGCGACUACCACCGCUACCUCGCCGAGUUUGCUAUUGGUGACAAGCGCAAGGACUCGGCCGACAAGUCCCUUGAGGCUUACAAGGCUGCUACCGAGGUUGCCCAGACCGAGCUGCCUCCUACGCAUCCCAUCCGCCUUGGUCUUGCCCUGAACUUCUCCGUCUUCUACUACGAGAUCCUCAACGCCCCCGACCAGGCCUGCCAUCUGGCCAAGCAGGCCUUUGACGAUGCUAUCGCUGAGCUUGACACCCUGAGCGAGGAGAGCUACAAGGACUCAACUCUCAUCAUGCAGCUUCUGCGUGACAACCUCACUCUCUGGACUUCGUCGGAGGCUGAGCCGACAGCCUCAACGGGCCACACCGAGGCUCCCUCUGCAGCGGCCGCCACAGAGGAGAAGCCUGCCGAGGCUGCUGCUGCCACCGAGGAGGCGCCGAAGCCUGCUGAGUAAAGCCGAGAAAGGAUUUCCUUGGUGUCGUGGAUUGUCAUUACUUGGUAGAAACUCCCGGUGGUGAAAAAUGAAUGGUGUCUAGGAGUGUGGUCUGCAAGAUUUAUUUACCCUUUUUAUCGCAAAACCCAGCAUCUCUUUCCCAUCUUGAUUUCCCCCCCUCUCUGUUUCAUUUUCCUCUAUGCGAAUACACAACCCCCCCCCCACACAACACAAGAAUAUGGUGCUUUCUCUGGCCGAGCAACGGAUGAAAGACUGCAUUUUGGAGGUCACAUUCAGAAUUGCAUGUUUUGUCUCAUUUUAGACUCUUGACUCCGCGGAAGAAUCGCCUGGACAAAUAAAAAAAACCAAAAUUUGAUUCCCAUA